AUGGCCUUUACCAUUUUCAUUCUCAGGCUGGCUGUUGGCAUCCUGGCAUUUCCCAUGUACCUACUGAACUUUCUUGGCAUAUGGAGUUGGAUAAUCAAGCAAUUCUUCCCCUACUUCAUGGUGAAAUUCACCGUCAUGUACAACGAACAGAUGGCGAGCAAGAAGCGGGAGCUUUUCAGCAACCUGCAGGAGUUUGCAGGCCCCUCUGGAAAGCUCUCCCUGCUGGAGGUGGGCUGUGGCACAGGGGCCAACUUCAAGUUCUACCCGCCUGGAUGUAGGGUGUCCUGUAUUGAUCCCAACCCCAACUUUGAGAAGUUCUUGAUCAAGAGCGUCGCAGAGAAUCGACAUCUACAGUUCGAGCGCUUCGUGGUGUCUGCCGGGGAGAACAUGCACCAGAUAGCCGAUGGCUCUGUGGAUGUGGUGGUUUGCACUCUCGUCCUGUGCUCCGUGGAUAACCAAGAGCAGAUACUCCGAGAGGUGUGCAGAGUGCUAAGGCCGGGAGGAGCUUUUUAUUUCAUGGAACAUGUAGCAGCUAAGCGUUCCACCUGGAACUACUUUUGGCAACAAGUCCUGAAUCCCGUCUGGUUCCUUCUGUUUGAUGGGUGCAACCUGACCAGAGAGAGCUGGAAGCCCCUGGAACGAGCCAGCUUUUCUAAGCUGAAGCUGCAGCAUGUGCAUGCCCCGAUUUCCUGGGAGCUGGUGCGCCCCCACAUCUUCGGAUAUGCUGUGAAGUAG